AUGAAAUUAAACCCAAAAAUUAAUGUUGCUAUUGAUGGUCCAGCCGGCUCGGGCAAAACUACCAUUGGUAAAUUAUUAGCCCAAAAAUUAAACUAUCAGUUUCUCGAUAGCGAAAUCGAAAAGGGAGCAGAGUUAAUUGCCGAUUUAGAAAAAAAGGGCGAAAUGCUUGGUGCGUCUGAAAUUAGCGAAUUGGCUUCUCAAUUAUCCCCCCUCCCGGAAUUACGAAAAAUUAUUUUAGAUUUUCAAAGAAAAUCCACCCACAAUAAAGCCGAAAGAAUUAAAAGAAGACACCGCCAACUCUCCGGUGAAGAAUUAGAAAAAAUUAAACAAGAAUUACAAACCAGAGAUGAACGAGACCGACAAAGAAAACUUUCUCCGCUCCAAAAAACUUCCGAUAAUAUGUCGUCAAAAAAAGAAACCAAAACCGAAAAAAAUGAUUUUGUCUCCCCCGAAAUUAAAAAAAUUAUCGAAAAUAUCACUAAGGAAUAUGGUGAAGGCACUAUCACCACUUUGGGAAAAAGUAAAUUAAAAGACCAAAAAAUUUUGUCGACUGGUAGCCUUCUGCUCGACCAAGCAAUUGGAACCGGUGGUUAUGUUUGCGGAAAAAUUGUAGAAAUAUAUGGUUUAGAAUCAAGCGGAAAAAGCACUUUGGCCUUACAUGCUGUAAAAGAAUGUCAAAAAUCACAAAAAAAAGCGGUUUAUAUUGACUUGGAAAAUGGUUUAAAUUUCAAAUACGUGCAAAAUAUUGGAAUAGAUAAAGAAAAUUUAAUGAUUUUGUAUCCUACUAGUGCGGUGAAAACUUUUUUAAUGAUUAGAGACUUAAUUAGAGAAGGAAUUGAUUUGAUAGUAAUAGACUCCGUUUCUAAUUUGUCCCCCCAAGUAGAGGAUUUAGAAAAAUACAAAAUUGGUUCACAUGCUUUAUUAAUGUCGCAAGGACUAAAAAUAUUGAAAAGUGAAUUAAUUAACAAAGAAACCAUUAUCAUUUUUAUUAACCAAGUUCGAAACAAAAUUUCCACCGGUUAUUAUGGUGGUAAUCCGGAAACGACUACCGGCGGAAUGGCUUUAAGAUUUGAUGCUGAUUUACGAAUUAAACUAAAAAGAAAAGGCAAAAUUGAAAAAAAUGAAAAAUUGAUUGGUAUCGAAGUAGAAGCAUUAAUAAAAAAAAGCAAGAUAGGAGAACCCGAAAAAAUUGCUAAUUUAGAAGUAAUUUUCGCCAAAGGUAUUCAAAAAGAGCGAGAAAUUAUUGACCUUGCUACCGAGUUAAAUAUUAUUCAAAAGAGCGGAACCUGGUAUUCUUAUGCCGAAAAAAAAUUAGGCCAGGGGAAAGAAAAUGUUACCGAAUAUUUAUUAGAAAAUCCGGAACUAUACCAAGAAAUUGAAAGAAAUACCCUUGAAACCAUCAAUAUGAAAGUAGAGGAGCAUGCUUAUCCUCAAUUAGUUAGAGUGGCUCAAUCCUAUUUAGAAAUUACUAGUGAUAAUUCUAAAUCUCAUUGUCGUGGUUAUAGCGGUUAUCUUUGUAAAAAUUGUUAUGAAGAACUUUUAAUGCUAAAAAAAUUGCGAGCCAUAAUUCUGGCUAUUGAAACUAGUUGCGAUGAAACCAGUAUCGCCAUUUUAGCAAACAAAAAAGUGCUUAGUAAUAUCACUAUUUCCCAGAUAUUAGAACAACAAAAAUACGGCGGAGUAAUGCCGAGUUUGGCGGCUAAAUUACACCUUAAAAACAUUCAAAAAGUUCUUAUCCAAUCCCUCUCCGAAGCCAAAAUAUCUCCCUCUAAUCUUAAUUAUAUUACUUAUACCGAAAAACCAGGAUUAAUUAUUUGCUUACAAAUCGGCAAAAUAGUAGCCGAAACCCUUUCACUUUAUCUAAACAAGCCUCUUUUUCCGGCUAACCAUUUAGUAGGACAUAUUUAUGCUAGCCAAACCCUUGAUGAUGCGAUUGGUGAAUGUUUAGACAAAUCAGCAAUUUUGCUGGGCUAUAACUAUCCCGGAGGACCGAUUAUUGAAAAACUAGCCUUAAAAGGCGAAAAUGCUUAUAAAUUGCCUUUCCCCAAAAACGAUAAAAGUUUAGAUUUUAGUUUCAGCGGUCUAAAAAGUGGAGUUUCCCGCCUAGUAAAUAGAGAAAAGGAAAAUUUGAAAGUUGACAAUUUAGCCUGCUCUUUACAAAAUACUUUGGCGGAAAUACUAACUAAAAAAUUAAAAAAGGCUUGA